UGUGGGCCUCAUCAAGAGAAGAUAACUCUCAACUGUCACCAAAAUCAGAGAGGGCGCACCGCUGUUCCGGCCAAAUUCGCCACAUCGUACGGGCAAGUAAAAGAGGCCACCCUUCGCACCGUUUUGGUAGUGGAGAUCCAGCUGGGGCUGAAGAUAAGAGUUUCCCGAUGAGGGUGUACUGUCGGAGGAAGCUGCUCCUGAAGCUGGGGCUAGCUGUCACCGCCCUGCUGCUGAUUGGGCCGUACCUCUUCCAUCUGUUUGAUGACAACAGGGGAGUGGCCAAGAGACAGGACACAUUCGUGAAUGAAAUGAACCAGAAGGACUAUAAACGGCAACAUAAAAGUAACAAUGCUGUACCUGACCUGAAUCAAGACAAUGUGAUCCCCCAACCCCAAGUAGGAGGGGACAACGAGCCUUCUGAACACAAGAAUCUUGGACCCGUUGCUGUCAUGAAGAAAGGAAUUAUGGGCAACUUUGAACCCAAGGAGCCUGAAGCCAGAAAUACUCCUGGUGAGAUGGGGGAGCCUGUAUACACUACAAUGGAAGAGCAGUCCAAAGCCGACCAGACUAUUCGAGAGUUUGGCUUCAACAUGAUAGCCAGUGACAAGAUUCCUAUGGACAGAAGCAUCCCUGACACCAGGAUGGAUGAGUGCAAGUACUGGCACUACCCUACAGACUUGCCCACGGUCAGCGUCAUCCUGGUGUUCCACAACGAGGGCUGGUCCACCCUUGUCCGCACUGUGCACAGCGUCAUCAACAACUCCCCGCCUAAUCUGCUCAAGGAGGUUGUCAUGGUGGACGAUUACAGUGACAAGGAGCACCUGAAAGGCAAACUAGAGGACUAUGUGAAACAGUUCAAUGGUAAAGUGAAGCUGUACCGGAAUGAAGACAGAGAGGGACUGAUCCGAACUCGGACCCGAGGGGCAGAAUUGUCCACUGGGGAUGUCAUUCUGUUCCUGGAUGCCCAUUGUGAAUGUAACAGAAACUGGCUGGUUCCUCUGCUGACACGUAUCAGGCAUGACAGAACUGUGAUGGCAGUGCCAAUAGUGGAUGGAAUUGACUGGAACAACUUCCGUUACCACCCUGUCUACACCACCAACCAUCAUCAGUAGGUAUCUUCAAGUAUGAGUGGGUAAGUCAGUAAAGUGUUCCUGUACAAGGAGAGCCAGGUGCCCCAGAAGGAGCUGGGCACAAGGGCAUACAACAGUGAACCCUACAAAUCCCCGACCCAUGCUGGAGGCCUGUUUGCCAUGGACAGGAAGUACUUCUUUGAAAUUGGAGCAUAUGACCCUGGUAUGCAGAUCUGGGGAGGAGAGAACUUUGAACUUUCCUUCAAGAUUUGGCAGUGUGGAGGCUCCAUAGAGUGGGUGCCAUGCGCUAGAGUGGGACAUGUCUACAGAAACCAUAUGCCUUACUCAUUUGGCAAGAUCAGUCACAAGAUACCUGUUAUCAACUUGAACUACAUGCGAGUGGUGGAGGUAUGGCUGGACCCUGAGUUCCGAGAGUACUUCUACACGCGCGAGCCCACCAUCCGUGGCUAUCCGGUGGGUGACCUCACCAAGCAGCUGGAGUUCAAGAAGGAGAAGAAGUGUAAGAGCUUCAAGUGGUUCAUGGACAAUGUGGCAUAUGAGGUGUAUGACCGGUUCCCUCCACCGCCACCAAACAAAGCCUGGGGAGAGUUCAAGGAGAAGCAAGGGAACCGAUGCUGGGACACUGUGGGCCAGGGUGUGAAUGGAGGUCCCAUUGGGGUGUACUACUGUCAUCACGGGGGCGGAAACCAGCUGUAUCGCCUUAAUACCAAGGGUCAGAUUGGGUAUGGAGAGCGAUGUAUCGAGUCUCCAAAUGGUGACACUCUCCACAUUCAUUACUGUGAUGUACAGCCUACCGGACCAUGGGACUAUGACGAGAACUCUUAUGCCAUUAAAAAUAUCCUGGUCAGCAAAUGUGUGGAGAUCGGCAAAGAUGAGAGGCUACAUUUACAGCCAUGUGACCCUGCAUCCAAGAAUCAGCAGUUUAUUGUCAAUGAAAUAUUCCCUUGGAAGGACAAGAGGUGACGAACUCGAGACGAGGAUUUUCCUGCUGUAUAUAGCCAUCAAUAGUGUCAGCCAUCUGUCAACUUUCAUCUUCUCAGGGAGAGGGGUAUAUCCACCAUUAAUAGCUGCAACACUGUAGCCUGAAAGUCAAGGUUAUAUGUAAUAAUAAUAAUAAUAAUGGACAUUUCUAAUGCACGUGUGCAUGCUUAUGGCGCUAUAAUAAAAAUUAGAGGGUACUUUACAGCAAAAGUACAUUGUGGGUUUGAAAAGUUAGUACAAUGUAAUAGGUGCUCUUGAAGAGAUAGGUUUUUAGGUGAGAUCUGAAACUUGCGACAGAAUCAGAAAGAAAGAGAAUUAUACAGACAUGGAGAAUUCAUUUUGAUUUUCAACGUCACUGAAAUGAAAGUAUAACCCUGAAAAAAUUCAGUCUCUGUCACUGAUAUACAAGAUGAAGCCUAAAGAUAUACUCAACACAUAACUAACACAUUUGUCAUGCAUUUCUUUCUUUUUGACUGGCAGUUGUUCGUCAUGUUCUUUAUUAUCUCAUUAAUUGAUGUAAGUGAAGAUCCUUUUGACAAGCUAGGCUUUCAGUAGGCAGGGAUUUUCAAGGACUUCAAGCUGAGCGCGUCUGGCUGGCAACUUGGUAAGAAAGCUAUUUUGUUCUAAAAUGAAAUUCUUUUUGCAAUUCUUUUUUC